CGGCCCGCGCGCCGCCAGCGACGGCGGAGAAACAGGGACGGCCGACGCCGGCGAGGGCGCCGCGGCAGCCGCAGGCACGGACGCUGCGGCGGCGGCGGCGGCGGGGCCGCAGCCGGGGCCGCUGCGGCGCGCCGGCGGCGCGAUCGGCGGCGGGGUGGUCGCCGCGGCCGGCUGGGUUGGGCGGCCUGUAGCGAACCUGAUUCGCAGCCGGGUGAUCAAGACCGCGCAAGACGAGGUUGCCGACAGGCUGGGGGCUUUUUAG